UCAAGUUUUGUACAAUUUUUGUAUAUCUUAUUUUAUUAACUCGAUGUAUUAAUAAAAUAAAAUACAAUCACUCCCUUUAUUGUAAUGGAUCCUAACAAAACAAAAAGUGCGUCUGAAGGAAUAGCACCAAUGGGAAUCACAGCAUUGAAUGAAACGGUGCUCAGUAACCAGCCGGAGUCGAGAUAUGAAUGUCCGGUCUGUCUGAACUGGCUCAGAGAUCCCGUCAUCACCACUUGUGGUCACAAAUUCUGCAAGAGUUGCAUUACAUCAUGGCUACGGAACAGUGGCCACUGUCCCAUUGACAAUAUCAAUCUGAGCAUGAAAGUGGAUAUCUUCCCAGACAACUACACCAAGCGGGAGAUACAGGAACAAAGAAUGUCGUGCCCAUUUGCUGCUAAAGGCUGUAAUGUGAAAGUGACCCCGUUGGACCUGGACGCGCAUAUCGCAGCGUGUGAGCACAACCAACCUGAUACUUCAGCAGCGCAAACGCGACUACCCUGCGCCUUCCAUGCGGUCGGCUGCAAGGACACAUUUGAGAGCCAGGAGGAUAUGAAUAAUCAUCUGCAGAAUGAUGUACAGAAACAUAUGAGUUUUCUGAUGAACGCAUAUUCAGAGAUAAAAAUCAACAAUGAUAUAUCAAACGCUAGUAUUGAUACGAAGGAGCAGGAGGCUAUGAAUCUGUGGGAGGCGCCGGACAAGGAGGGCGCGCAGGCCUCCGCCGCACCACUCACAAAUACAAGCACCCUCAUAAGAGCUCUGUACGAACGUGUGGUAGUAUUAGAACAACGUAACCGUGAGCAGGACAUAGUACUCGCCAACUUGACAAAGCAGUUGUCAGCGCUGGCUGUUGCCAAGAUGAAGCAGAAUAGUGAUAUGUUGCUGCGUUACUGCGCGGGAAACUACAUCUGGAGAGUUGACAACUUCCAGCAGCGCCUCGAUGCUAUGCUCAAAGAUAAUUAUAAGAUGCUCUAUAGCCCGGGAUUUUAUACUUCGCCUAAUGGAUACAGAUUCUGUGUCCGUUUAAACAUAUCACCACAGAACCCACUGUUCUUCGCUCUGCACGUGCACCUCAUGAAGACUGAGAAUGACGAUUGCUUGGAGUGGCCGUUUAAUGGACGCAUCUCCUUUGCUAUGAUUAACCAGUUGGACGCCGAGCGGACGCAGCGAGAUACAAUGAUGUCCAACUCCACUCUGGUCGCAUUCCGGAAGCCCACCGCUGAGAUCUGUCUCAGAGGCUUUGGGUAUACCGAGUAUGCUCUAGUCAGUGAUGUGGUUAGGAAUGGAUUUGUGAAGAAUGAUGUGCUAGUGAUUAAAGUUAAUAUUAAAUGUGUUUAGUUUUGUGUUUCAAGUGUUAAAUAUGUGAUGAAAGUGUUAUAAAAGUGAAAGUUUGUUGUCUCAUGACCAAACUCGAUUAUCAAUUCAAGGUUUAUUUCUACUAUAUAAAUUAAAUGAGUGUUUUUGAUAUUACUAUAUUUAGGUCAUCUCCUUAAAAUUAAUUUGACCAUAAAUAUUAAUUAAAAAUACAGAAGAUAAGCGUAAAUGGUUCAAGAUUGAUUUUUGGGUUUGGCUCUAAAUGUAAAUGGCGGUGACUGUACUGUUUUCUAAUCACUUUGAGUACAGUCACUGUCAAAAAUACAUAUGAAGUUUUAAAGUAAAAAGGUAAAAAAUAUAAAGUAGCUGUACUUUACCUUUGUUACAUGAUUAUGAAA